AUGUCGAACUUUGAAUACACAGCAAUUGUAGAGGAGCAAGUGAAUUUGUCAAAAUUAUUCAGCGAAGUUUACAUUAAAUCUCUGGCUUCGGCAUAUUUAACAUUGCAGGCGAAAUAUUUUAUGACCGAAACUACUUUGCAACUAAUGACCGCAAAUCUUGCCAACCUAAACGAUUUAACUUUAAAGAAUAUUUCCAAAAUAGUAGAAACAAAAUUCAAUAUUGAUAUAUCUGAAAUCGUAAAUAAACAUAAUCUUUUUAAUCAAGCACACAAUCCUUUGUCUGGUGUGUUGAGGUCGCCUUAUUCACCAACGCGCGGAUGCGCGGAAGGAAGGUUAGAAACGUGUUCAGGGGGUGCUGCAGAACAGUUCUGUGGAAAUGGUUUGUGCGAAGGCGAAUGGAAAACUUGUUGUUUAACAAUGGUCUUCACACCCGAACAGGAUGCUUUUAUUCUGAUGGCUCACUUUCGAAGUGGAACCCGAAACCCAGACGGAACCUGGUCUUAUUCACUGCAGUCGUGUAUUGACCAAUUUACGGAAGCCUUUCCAGAUGCCAAUGUUGGGUAUCAAACAUUUGCAAAUCAUAAGGGGGUCCUUGUUCAUCGUUUUGAGACUAAAAAUUGUAUUUGCAAAGGAAAGACAACUGGCAGAAAAACUGUUUUGACUGAAGAAGUUACAGAAGACAUCCAGCAUCAGUUAGAACAAAGUCCAAAUAAAUCUAUACGAAAAUUAUCAGCACAGACAGGUCUUUCAGUCGGAAGUUGCCAUAAAGCACUACAUAAAGUUCUGCACAUGCACCCGUAUAAAGUUUCAGUCGUCCAUGAAUUACUUCCACCGGAUUUUGAGCGAAGAAUAAAUUAUUGCCAAUGGUUUAAUAAUAAUUUAAAUGAUGAUGCCUUAUUAGACUUAACAUUUUUCACUGAUGAGGCAUGGUUUCAUUUGAGUGGAUACGUGAAUAGUCAAAAUUAUAGAACGUGGGCUACUGAGAAUCCUCAUAUUUUUGUAGAAACUAGUUUGCAUCCAAUAAAAGUUGGAGUUUGGGUAGCCAUUUCAAGAAGAAGAAUUAUAGGACCGAUUUUUUUUCACGAUACGGUGAAUGCUGAAAGAUAUCGCACUAAUAUUCUACAACCCUUUUUCGAACAACUGCAUGAUGACGAAUGCCAGUAUGGUUACUUUCAGCAAGACGGAGCGACGGCACAUACAGCAGGAAGCACACUUCGCUUCUUGCAGGAAGUUUAUGACGAUCGAAUUAUAAGUCAAGGACUGUGGCCCCCAAGAUCGCCAGAUCUCACCGCGCCGGAUUUUUUUUUUGUUUGGUCAUUUGCAGAACAAUGUUUUCAAAAAUAGGUUGCAUACCAUUGAUGAGC